CAGCAAAUUACACAGUCCUCCUGGAUACCAAACAUCUGGACAACAAAAGGACUCAGAGGAGCUUAAAGUGAGGCAGCUGUGAGACAACUCAGCAGACGGACUGAAGACUUCAACAUGAAUCCUGUUCUGCUGGCGUCUGCCUUGUCCUUGCUGGCUACAGUGGCAGCUCAGUCAAAUGACCAUUAUGACAUGGGCUGGGUAAACGGCUACCGCCAGGGCUUCAACUUUCAGUGUCCCCAUGGAGAGGUCAUUGUAGCCAUCAGGAGCUAUUUCAGAGAGAAUGAAGGCUCAGACCGCUUGUGGUCUUUUGAGUGCCAGCCUACACCUGAGAAUCUAGGCGAACCAAGUGACUGCUGGUGGGACGACAUCAAUCGUGCGGGGUUGGAGUGGACAUCAACAUGCACCCGCAAUGGCCUGGUGGCGGGUGUUCAAAGCAAGUACUUUGAAUCUGUCCUUGACCGUGAAUGGCAGUUCUACUGCUGCUACUACAAACGCAGCUGUCCGUACUCCUGCAUGAAGACCACUGAUGUUCCUGAAUAUUACAGAGAAGAGGGAGAGAUGGUUAUCCCAGCUUAUGGAUACUUCAUCCGAGGGGCUCAGACUACAUUCAGUGGAGUGCUCAGAGAUCGGCAGUGGAAGUACAUCUUGUGCAGAAUGACAGACUUUGACUGUGAAUUUGAGAAUUUAUAGACCUGUAAGAAGCACCUUAUUAACACACAAACAUGUACAAUACAUAACCACUACUUACUCAGUCAUACCAUAGUAAUGAUAAAGCAUAAAGUAUUACUGUUCUUGUUUAUGUUUUUUUCACUUAAUAAAAAGACCAACGUAAGGAAUGUUAUCUAAUUGUAGCCACUUUUUAAAAUUAGCUCAGCAUGAAGAACUGAUACAUAACGCAAAACGGUACACAGUAAAAUAAACAUCUAGACAGCUUUUCACCUAGGGAGGACCAGCUAGUCCUUUAACAGCUUACUUUGCAAGUGUUUCCUUGAGCAGAGGCAGUUAUUUUAUAAUAUGUUUACAGCAUUUGAAAAAUAAAUGUACAUCAGGCUGUGCUCUAGAAUUUCUCAGCUAGGGGACCAAAUGUGCUCAGUGAGCUGUGGGAUAAAAGAUAUUCUCUUGAUAGAAAAAUUGGAACAACAGUUUAGAGUAAUGAGGAGAAACAAGUACCUGGCAUUAUUAGUGUUGCAUGCAGCCAACUGUGUCCCACCUACUUUCAAUGGAUACCACUCCAUUCCUGCUUUAAUAACAUAUACUAUGUCUGGCAUAUUUAUCUGUGUAAAAAUCUGGAAUAAAGAUGUUUAUUGUUAAA